AUGCCGGGCUCUUGGAUCUGGGGUGCGCUGGGCAAGUUGGUGUGGCUCUCCUUACUUGCGCCAAGCGCUCUGAUAAUGAUCCUUGUUCCCCCAGCAUCUCUGGCGCAUCCACAGCCAUGUCAGAUUCUGAAGAGGAUCGGACACACGGUGAGAGUCGGAGCUCUGCACCUGCAGCCUCGAGUGUUCAGACAGGAUUCCCUCAGGGGGAGAGAUCCGGACUGGGAUGCAGACAGAGAAACGUGGGGAGAGUGUGACGCGAUCACCAAAAGUAGGCUCGAACAAGGCUGGAGGGGUAUCAGGACUAAAAGCUCAGCGAAUAACCCCCACAAGGCCUCCAAAAGUAAAACCACACUCAAACAAGUGGGUCUGGAUGCUGUGUUUCUACCUCGAGACUCUGUUCUACUCGCUACAGAGAGCCUCAAUCGAGUAGCAGGGCUUUUACCCUACAACCUCACCCUUGAGAUAGUCAUGGCCGUGGAAGCAGGACUUGGAGAAUUACCUGCUUUCUCCUUUUCCUCCUCAUCUGCACCUGCCUGUGGCGAUCCCGCAUCGUUCCUGCAAAGCGUUUGCCACACCGUGAUCGUGCAAGGAGUUUCUGCCAUCAUCGCGUUCCCACAGAACAGGGACGAACUGGUGAAGUUGGAAUUUAUCGCCACAACGCUACAGAUUCCAAUCAUCAGCGUCGUCCAGAACGAAUUUAAGCGUCAGAGUCAGUUGGCGCUGAUUCCUGGCAUCACAAACUGUCUGGCAAGACUUGAGACUAAAAAUAUCACAUCAGGAACCUUUCUGUCCAGAUACAUGGCAAACACGUCUUUUGACGGCCUGAGCGGCUAUGUCAAUAUUCAAGAGGAAUCUAUCAUCGUCUCUGAAAGCCAUCAUUUCAUCUGGAAUCUCCAGCAUGACCCAGUAGGCAAGCCCAUGUGGACGCGUCUCGGCAGCUGGAAGCAAAGCAAAGUGGUUAUGGAUUACGGUGUCUGGCCUAAUAAGAGACAGUCUCAGCCAGGAGCGGACUGGCGGCAUUCCUCACGUCUACACUUGCGGGCUGUCACCCUGGUAGAACAUCCGUUUGUCUUCACCCGAGACGUCGAUGAAGAAGGCCUGUGCCCGGCUGGCCAGCUGUGCCUUGACCCCCUAACAAAUGACACAGCCUUUUUGGAAAGUCUUUUUCAGAGUCUACAAGGUGCCAACGACAGCGUCCCCAUGGAGUUUAAAAAAUGUUGCUAUGGAUAUUGCAUUGAUCUUUUAGAGAAGCUAGCAGAGGACAUGGGGUUUCACUUCAACCUCUACAUUGUGGGAGACGGGAAAUAUGGAGCUUACAAGAACGGUCGCUGGACAGGGCUGGUCGGGGACCUCAUGAGCGGGGCGGCACAUCUGGCUGUCACUUCCUUUAGCAUCAACUCAGCACGCAGUCAGGUCAUUGACUUCACCAGCCCAUUUUUCUCCACCAGUCUGGGAAUCCUCGUCAGGACUAGGGAUACGGCCGCACCUAUCGGCGCCUUCAUGUGGCCCCUGCACUGGAGUAUGUGGCUGGGAAUAUUUGUGUCUUUACACGUGACGGCCGUGUUCUUGACCUUGUAUGAGUGGAAAAGCCCUUUCGGCAUGACUCCGAGGGGAAGGAACAGGGAACGUGUAUUUUCUUUCUCCUCUGCGCUAAACGUUUGCUACGCAAUUCUAUUCGGCAGGACUGCCGCCAUUAAGCCACCAAAGUGUUGGACCGGCAGAUUCCUCAUGAACCUCUGGGCCAUAUUCUGUUUGUUCUGCCUUUCAACGUACACGGCUAAUCUCGCCGCUGUAAUGGUUGGUGAGAAAACCUACGAGCAACUCUCAGGUAUACAUGAUCCCAAGCUCCACCAUCCCUCACAAGGUUUCCGCUUUGGAACCGUCCGGGAGAGCAGCGCUGAGGACUACGUGAAAAAAAGCUUCCCAGAGAUGCAUGAAUACAUGAGACGAUAUAAUGUCCCUGCAACCCCUGAUGGGAUAGAUCAUCUUAAGGAUGAUCCCCAAAAGCUGGAUGCUUUUAUAAUGGACAAAGCUCUUUUAGACUAUGAAGUGUCUAUUGAUGCAGACUGCAAGACGCUGACAGUGGGAAAGCCUUUUGCGAUUGAAGGCUAUGGCAUUGGGCUCAAACAAAACUCUCCUCUGACUUCAAAUAUCUCUGAGUUGGUCAGUCAGUACAAAUCUGAUGGGUUUAUGGACAUGCUGCAUGAUAAGUGGUAUAAGGUUGUACCCUGUGGUAAAAGAAGCUUUGCAGUCACAGAGACGUUACAGAUGGGGAUAAAGCACUUCUCAGGGUUAUUUCUCAUGCUGUGCGUUGGAGUGGCCCUGUCUCUCCUCACCACACUGGGUGAACACAUCGUCCAUCGCUGGCUGAUACCCAGAAUGCAGCAGUCAUCACAGCAUAAGUACUGGCUCCACACCAGUCAACGAUUACAUCGAGCACUUAACCCGACUUUCAAAGAAGACAAAUUACAGACAGUUGCAAAACCGGAGAAAAGCUGCAAUGUUGGAAACAACCAGCAAAUGCCGUGGAACUCUUUGGGAACCUCCAACUGCAACAGACGAAAACUGUCCAAUCAAGAGGGACAACAAAAUGACCUGGAAUGUUCUCACUGUAAAGAGCUCCUGUCCCCAAAGGACAAGAGACAGCUUCCGUUACAGGCCACAUUGAACGGAAGAACCGACUUGCUUGGCCUUAACCCCACAGUACAGGAACUGGCGGACCUGGAAACACAAAUCCAGCUCAUCAAAAAUCAAUUACAGCUUGCCAUGAAGAAGAAAAAAGAGCUGGAACAGUAUCAGAAGACAAAGACUUCAACCGAGUCCUAGACUCGUGGGAGAUUUGGCUGGAGUUUUAUGGGUUAUAUUGUUCAAAAGCUUGGACCUAGAGGUUGAUUAUUUCAGUUGCGGCUCCUAAGGGAAGCAAGACUUUCUCUGCACAUUCUCUAAAGUCCUUUUUUUGUCUU